AUUAAUUGCCCAUCAUGGCGGACACGAACCAGACGCUGGCCAAGGGCACGCCGUCGGCGUCCUUCCGCCUCCGCAACGGCAGCCUGAACGCGGUGCGCCUGCGCCGCGUCUUCGACCUCUUCGACCGCAACGGCGACGGCGAGAUCACCGUGGACGAGCUGGCGCAGGCGCUGGACGCGCUGGGCCUGGACGCCGACCGCGCCAGCCUGGCCGCCACCGUGGGCGCCUACGUGCCCGAGGGCGCCGCGGGCCUGCGCUUCGGCGACUUCGACGCGCUCCACCGCGCGCUCGGCGACGCCUUCUUCGGCGCGCUCGCCGACCAGGACGACGCCGCGGACGACGAGGAGGAGAUGCGGGAGGCCUUCAAGGUCUUCGACGUCGACGGCGACGGCUUCAUCUCCGCCGCGGAGCUGCAGGAGGUGCUCAAGAAGCUCGGCCUCCCGGAGGCCAGCAGCAUGGCCAACGUCAAGGAGAUGAUCUGCAACGUCGACCGCGACCGCGACGGCCGCGUCGACUUCAGCGAGUUCAAGUGCAUGAUGCAGGGGAUCACCGUCUGGGGCGCCUGAUGAUCAUCGAUCGCCCCGGCCCAGCCCCCAGGUGGGAUCGUCCAAGAAGAUCUAGAUGCAUGCAUGCCAUGAUAUAUAUGCUAGCUGCUCAUCAGUACCUUAAUUAUUUCUCUUAUAUAUUAUCUAGUAGUAUAGUUGGCUGAAUGCACGCACUACUGCAGGCAGCAGGGCCUGAUGGUCCUUUUAAUUCAAUUGUCUUGUGGCUGUAGGUACUACUGCCUCCCCUCUCCUCCCCUGAUGCAUGCGUAUCAGCGUAUG